AGCUCAGAUCCCUGAUUUACAGUGUCUUUUGUUUCAAAGAACUAAGUAAGGAAGCCACUCUGCAAGAUGACAUAUGAAGAUUAUGAGAGCUACUCUUAUUUCUACAAUGCAUCUGAGGAAGAUGAGUCACCCCAGUCCUCCCUCAGCAUUGCCCAUAUUAUUUCCCUUUUCUUUUACAGUGUGGCAUUUCUGCUGGGAGUGCCAGGUAAUGCCAUUGUCAUCUGGUUUAUGGGCUUUAAGUGGGAUAAAUCUGUUUCCACACUCUGGUUCCUGAAUCUGGCCAUUGCAGAUUUCAUUUUUGUUCUCUUCCUGCCCCUCUAUAUUACAUAUGUGGCAAUGGGUUUCCACUGGCCUUUUGGGAAGUGGCUCUGCAAAAUGAACUCAUUCAUUGCACUACUUAAUAUGUUUGCCAGUGUUUUCUUCCUGACAUUCAUCAGCCUUGACCGCUACAUCCGCCUUGUCCACCCAGUCUUUUCCUACAAAUACAGGACUGUAAAGAACACCCUCCUUCUGAGUGGGGUCAUUUGGAUGUCAGCUGCAAUUAUUGGUGGCCCUGCCUUAUACUUUAGAGACACAGCUACAGGCCUCAACAAUGUCACCGUUUGCUUCAACAACUUCCAUGUACACGACAGAGAACUUAUUUUGCUGACACAUCACAUUCUCAUUUGGGUGAGGCUUGCAUUUGGUUACCUCUUUCCUUUAGUGACCAUGGUUAUUUGCUACUCAUUGCUGAUUGUCAAAGUGAAGAGGAGAACUGUAUUGACUUCUAGCAGGCUUUUCUGGACCAUUACUGCUGUAGUUGUAGCUUUUUUCAUCUGCUGGACACCAUAUCAUAUAUUCAGCAUUGUGGAGCUGAAUGCUCACCAUGAUGAAAAUUUGCACGACUUACUACAGGAUGGCAUUCCCCUCUCCACUGGCCUUGGCUUCAUCAACAGUUGCCUCAACCCAAUCCUCUACGUUCUGAUUAGCAAAAAGUUCCAAGCCCAGGUGAAGAGCACGGUGUCUGAGGUGCUGAAGCUGGCGCUGUGGGAGGUGAGCCGCUCGGGGACGGUCAGCGAGCAGCUGUGGAGCUCGGACAGCGCUCCUGCGCACUACUCUGAAACCGCCCAGUGACUCUCGCGGCACCUGCUCUCCCCAAAGGAGCUGACAGGAGAUUUGCAAGUCUUCUUGACUUCACAUCUGCCAGUCAGAUGUGCAUCUUUGCAUAUACAGUUUUCUGUAAACAGCUGGCUUAAUUGUGCUUGCUGCUUUAAUUUUGAAAGGUUUUUAAGGGACACGUGAUUUGGAUGUGUGCCCUUGCAAUGCACAUACAGCCUGAACUGAAAGUUAUCAGCAUAGGUGGAAUGACUCUAACUGGGCUUUUGAUAAGGAAUGUUGUUGUCAUCCUGUUGAUUUGCUGUGGUUCCAUACCUCAUUGAUAUCAAAAGGACACAUAAUAAAAAUAUUCCUCCUUGCCAUUGCUGAUACCACUCUUAAUUGAGGCAUUCUCAUGCAAGAGGCUGUGGCCAUACAUCACUGCGUCAUGAGUCUCCUGAUUGCCUACUACUGCCCCAAGGAGGAACACCCUGGCUACAUCCCACCUAAAUGAAACUAUUAGUGCCACCAUUCUGCAGCUGGAGAAGAAUCUCAAGAUGGAGAACACUCAAUUGCUGCCUUCUAUUGUCAAAAAAGAAAAAUAUGGAAAUAUAACCUGUCUUCUCUGCCUGCUCUUUAUCUUACACUCAAAACUAAGACAGGAGACCUUGUGUUUUGGGGUCACUUACUGUAUUUUUAGCACCAGCUGGGUGCAAAAUUCUGAGCAGAUGUUUCAUAUAAGUAUUACGCUCAUUCAAAAUGUGCAAAGAAUUAGUGAAAAUAUUUCUUACAACUUCUGUGUCACACUUCUUUUUCUGUUUAAAAUGUUAGUCCUACAGAGAUUUACAACUAAUGAUUGCUCUUUAUUACUCUUUCAAGCAAAGAUAAAGAAAUAAUAUAGCAUUUUGUUUGCCUUAAUGUCAAGCUUAAAAAAAUGGGUGGAGUGAAUUCAUCAGUAUUCUGUUACAAGUCUGAAGCCAAAUUUGGAUUUCUUUUCUAAGUAAGAGGCAAGACAGUUCAUCCAGGAAAUGGAGUCCACUCCCAUAAGAAAGAUGAAGUAGUCCUAAUUAUGCUGUAUGCUGUUCCAACUUGUUGCUUCUGCAGAAUCACACAUACAUCAAUGCAAAUAUAUAUAUGCUAUGUGGAGUGAACCAAUUUCUGAUGCAGUACUACUUAAUUAAAAAGUUGAAUGUGGGACAAAACUCUACUGAAAGUAAAAGUAUGGAGCCUUGGGAAAAUUUGAACUGUUAUUUCCUAGUUAUUGGCCUAGUUAUUGCCUUUCAGAUAAUUUACCUAGUUAGUAUGGCCUGCCAAAACAUUAGUAGCAUUAAUGCUAUAAUUAAGUCCUUAUGCGUAAAUAGAUUUGCUUUCCUAUAAAAUAUGUAUGAGCACAUUGGUAGCUGCACAAAUAGAAACAGCCUGACUGUGGUCUGUAACUAUUUCUUUGGGCUCUGGUUUCAGAGUCUAAGAGUCAGGCAGGAUCAGUGGAAUUUUGGAGUAUUUCCCUUUGGGUUGAAAAGCUGGUAAGCAGCACUCUUCCUUUGAGUCAUUUGCUGCCUGGUACAUAGUUGCUCAUCGUAAUGUUUUGGCACCAUGCUGCUGUAUGUGCCUAAAUCAAACAUUUUGCAGUUUUUCUUCACAUGUUCCCUGACAUCUUUCUAAGAAUGAUGUACUCUCUUGGCUGUAGCCCAAGUGAAGUAAUAAAAUAUUCUUGUUUCCAAAAA